AAAGGGCAACGGUGUAGUGUUGUCGGUAAACUUUUUGCAACUCUGAAGAAACAUGAAGCUGAAGGUCAAUUGAUUGUUGUCAAAUCCUCUAAAACAUGCAGUCUCUGCUUCUAUGAUGAUAUGCAAAUUGUUAAUACUCCUGGAUUCGAGGGUACCGGUGUUCUUCAUUGCAAGCAAUGUCUAAAGCUAUGGCAGAGAGACGUUAACGCUGCUAUCAAUAGGAUGACCCUAUCUCGAGCAGUUUGGUCUGGAGCGGUAAGACCUGACGCUUUCAAGCCAGCGAAGAAGAAGAAAGUAUCGCCGUAAUAAACACGGUUUUACUUAUAUUUUAAGGAUUUAGAUCAUUACAGGUGAGGAAUAGUACGGCUUUUUUUGUUUGUUUUGUUUCGCACUACUGACAAGUUUUUG